CGGCGGAGCAGCGAGGGGGCGGCGGGGCGGAGCCGGCUGUACGAGCACGUGCGGGAAGGGAACAGCGCGCGGCCCCGCCUGGACAUGGCGGCGCUGAGCGCCCGGCCCGAGCAGGCGGAGCGGGAGCUGGAGACCCGCAAGGGGCCGCUGGGGCCCCGGGACCUGCGCGAGAUCCUCUCCACAUGGAAGAGGCUGGUGAAUGUGCAGGAAGAGAUUGGAAAACUUGAAACUGAGAAAGAGGACGUCUCCGUUCAAGUGAAACACCUCGUAGAGACCCAGGACAAGAGCACGUUGCAGGCGCUUCCCGAUUACCAGGCGCUACGGAACCGAGGACGGGAAAUACGUCACCAGCUGAAUUCCCUGUACCAAGAGGAGCUGGAGCUGGAUGAAAAGUACUAUCUGAAGGCUCUGAAACUGCCGAACUGGACCCACCCUGAUGUGCCCAUCGGAGACGAGAGCCAAGCGAGGGUGGUGGAGGUCGUGGGAGAGAAACGAGCUUUUGAUUUCAAAGUGAGGGGGCACCUGGAAAUUGGGGAAGACCUGGAUAUCAUCAGACAAAGGGCAUCAGGCGGCACUAAAGUGAUCAGCCACCUGCUGUUUCCGGACGCCGCAGGGGCCGAUGGCAGUGUCCGAGUCCCCGCGAUCCUCCAGCCGUUCCUGGGCGUGGAAACCAUCGUCAAACCCGGCUACGCCCCCUUGAAAUACAUCGGGCCCAACCAGCCCAAGCGCCGCUGAGCCGCCUACCGGGAGCGGCCAUAACGGGGACCAGCCGUCGGGGAGCCCAGCCGGACGCAGACGAGACACGCAAGCGCACCCCGGCAGCAUUCAGAGGGGCCUUUCCUGGUUUGUUUUCCGGCUCUGAGCCGCACCCGGGUUAUUCUCUUUUCCCCCCUGGGUGGCGCCCAGACCCGGUAGCCCAUGGGACCCGUCCCUUCUCCUGCCCCCUCGAGUUGGUCUGCGGCACGUGGAUGGGGCCGAUGUGGAUGGGGUCUGAGGUGCUUCAGAAACCCCAAGAUCCUUCCGGCACUAGAUUGCGCUGCCUGGAGCCAGACCCCAGCACUGGCAAGAGGCAGGGAACUGUCUUCUACCCAGGACUCCUGGGUUCCUCCAUCAGUAACCCCUGGCGAGGGGGAGGAGAGAUCUGGCCUACAGGCCUUUUGGGGGCUUGCUGGGGCUAUGGCUAGAUUCAUCCCCCCCUUAACAAUUCCCUCUCCGUGUCCUGCUCUGCGACCUCACUGCCGGUACCAGCCAUGACCGGCGGAGCUGAUGGCUGACGAGAUCGAGAGCUUUUCGCCCCGCGGGCCGCCGGUUCUCAUCCGACUCGGGCCGGCGCUGGUUGCGGCGUGUUCCCAUCGGCCAGCCCUUUGGAGAAACGAGUUUGCCGGGUCUCAGCCCAGAUCCCCGGUGGAGCCGCGUCGCACAGAGCAGGAUCGGCACUGAUUCUCGCCGGCAGCCUCAGCGGAGAGGCAGAACGGGCCAUGGAGACUAGUCUCCCCCGUUGGCCAUAGCCAGGGUCUCCCAGGGGCUGUGGCAGCCAAGCAGGGGGGCAGUGUGUGGAGUGGGGAGGUUCGCCCUUGCAGCUGCCCAUGCUGUGGGGAAGGAGAGGGGGAUCCAGGCUCCCUGAUCGGUUGCUGGACUGACUGCAGGGGGGGGCAGGAUCCCAGCCAAGGAGCUCAGAGCGGGAGAGAGAUACCUGGGUGGGGCAUGGGGUGCCUAGAGCCGCCAAUCAAGGGAAUGAGAUUGUGCCACC